UUCUUGCUUGUGAAGUCUUCGCCUUGUUCCCACGCUUUUGCCGCCAUUGCCUUUACUAAACGAUAAUGGCUUCUUCGAUCGAGGACAAGAACAUUGUUGAAGAUUCCGAAGACAAAGCUCUCGACGUGUCGGGGAAAGCCGUAGAAUUCUCUUUCUUCGGCAACCCUGAAGAGAAGGUCGGUUCCUCUGUCGAGGGGCUUUAUUUGUACAAUAAUGAUUUUAAUUUGAUUCCCGAGGCAGUUUCCCAGUUUGGGAAAUUGAAAUUUUUGAAAUUCUUCGGUAACGAGAUUAAUCUGUUACCAUCCGUGGUUGGGAAUUUGGCAAAAUUAGAGUCCUUGAAGAUGAAGAUUUCUUCGCCGGGGUUAAACCGCGUCUCGUUUCGCGAACUCAGCGAGUUGAAGGAGCUCGAGCUCAGUAGAACCCCUCCUCAGCCUUCGAGGUUAACUGCAUUGACUGAGAUCGCUGGAAUCAAGGGCUUGACUAGGCUCACUUUGUGUUACUUCUCUAUCAGGUACCUUCCAUCAGAGAUUGGAUGCUUAACGAAUUUGGAAUUUUUCGAUAUUUCUUUUAAUAAAAUCAAGAACUUGCCUGCUGAAAUUAGUAAUUUGAAUGAGUUAAUCACUUUGAAAGUUGUUCAUAAUAAGCUAAUGGAGCUGCCUUCGAGUUUGUCUAAGUUGAAUAAGUUGGAGAACUUGGAUUUGUCCAAUAAUAGAUUAACUUCUUUGAGGCCGCUAGAAUUAGAGGCAAUGCAUAGGCUUAAGAAUUUGAAUGUUGGGUACAAUAAAAUUAUGAAUUGUUGUCAAAUCCAUAUACCCGGAUGGAUAAGCUGUGAUUUGGAAGGGAAUAAAAGUAAUGGCAAAGGUUUAUCUGUUGGUGUAUGUGAGAGUGUUGAAGAGAAAGAAGUGAGUGUUUCUAGUGACUGCCCUCGAGGCAAUACCUCAUUGGAGAUGUUGAGUCAAUCUGGGAAAAGUAGAUUCGAAUCCCAGAGUUUGAGUUCGGGUAAGCGAUGGAAGCGAAGACAACAAGACAAGUUAAGAAAUUACAAGAAGUUGAAAAGUGAAGGGAAUGGUGAAGAUGUUCUUAGCUCUGAGACUGGUUUGCAAAGUGAGUUGUAUGUGGUAGAUCUGAACGGUGAUGAGAAUGAUAAGGGUGAGAGUGAAAAUUCAUUUAUUGGAGAAAAUGCAGUGGAGGAAACUUUAGCCUCCGGAGAAAAUUGCAUUUGCCUGGAUCAUGAAGCCAUAAAAGAGGGCAAAAAGGAGUAUGAUGAGCAAGAUGAAAUUUCUGUUUCCAGCCAGGGGAAAGGUUCAUAUUCAGAAUCGUUCAACAGUAGUUGCAUGUCAAAGAGGCAUUCCAGUUGUGAUCUUGAUGAUAAUCCCAAGACAUGCAAGUAUCAGAAGCCAAAUGAUGGUAAUUUUUCAUUAUCACGCAAGUAUAACAAUACUUCAUUUUGUAGCGUUAAAGACCGGAUCCCAGAUGGCUUUUAUGAUGCGGGACGUGACCGGCUUUUCAUGUCACUUGAGAGUUAUGAGCGUAUUCUGCAUCUCGAUUCACGUGAAGUCAUUCUUGCUGACAGGGAGAGGGAUGAACAGUUAGAUGCAAUUACUCUUUCUGCUCAAGCUUUGAUAUCCAGUUGGAAGAAAUUAAAUGGCUUAGCCAGUAACGGGGAACCAACUCCAAUGGAUAACCUUCAAAUUGCAUCAUUGCUUGCAUUGUUUGUAUCGAAUCGUUUUGGAGGCAGUGAUAGAAGUUUUUCCAUUGAAAAGACUCGAAAAGCAGUGUCUGGUUCAAACUAUCAGAAGCCAUUUGUUUGCAGCUGUGCUACUGGAAAUAAUGAUUGUGUAAAUGAUUCUACCGAAUGGAAUUUUGGUACUAUACAAGAUAUCAGCAUUGCUGAUCUUUGUGAUAAAUCACUAUGUUCUACCAAGUCAAGACUGAAUUCUGUUGUAGUUCCUAUAGGAACUAUGCAGUUUGGUGUGUGUAGACACAGAGCAUUGCUUAUGAAGUAUUUGUGUGAUCGUAUGGUACCACCAGUGCCUUGUGAGCUGGUCAGGGGAUACCUUGACUUCUAUCCACAUGCUUGGAAUGUAGUACUUGUCAAAAAAGGUGAUUUAUUGGUCCGCAUGGUAGUUGACGCAUGCCAUCCUGAUGACAUAAGAGAAGAGAUGGAUCCAGAAUAUUUUUGCCGAUACAUUCCCUUGACUCGGACCAAAGAUUUUCUCUCAAAUGAAUGCAAUCUUGACCCUGAUUGUUUUCCUUCCUUGUCCACAAGUGAAAAAAUUGAAAAGACACCAAAUGUGUCCCUCAUUAAGUGCUCAUUUGGUUCAGUUGAGGCAGCAGCAAAGGUGCGUACGGUAAAUGUCCUCGGAACUUCAAUGAAUGAGAUUAGAAACUUUGAGUAUAGUUGUUUAGGAGAGAUAAGAAUGUUAGGAGCUUUGAAACACUCCUGCAUUGUAGAAUUGUAUGGGCAUCAAAUAUCUUCGAAGUGGGUUCCCUCAGCGGCUGAAAGGCCCGAGCAUCGCAUAAUACAGUCUGCCAUUUUAAUGGAGUAUGUAAAAGGUGGAUCUUUGAAGUGCCAAAUAGAGAAGUUAUUGAAAGCUGGCAAGAAACAUUUCCCAUUGGAUUUGGCGUUGUGUGUUGCCCACGAUGUUGCUUGUGCAUUGGCAGCACUACAUUCUAAACACAUUAUUCAUCGGGAUAUAAAAAGCCACAAUAUUUUGAUUGAUUUGGAUGAGAAGAGGGCUGAUGGAACACCUAUUGUCAAGCUUUGUGAUUUUGAUAGAGCAGUGCCUCUUCGUUCUUUCUUGCAUAAAUGCUGUAUAGCUCAUACAGGAAUACAUCCUCCUAAUGUUUGUGUUGGAACUCCACGUUGGAUGGCUCCAGAAGUUUUAAGGACAAUGCAGAAACCUAAUUUAUAUGGACUGGAAGUGGAUAUUUGGUCAUAUGGAUGCUUGAUUUAUGAAUUAUUAACUCUGCAAAUUCCAUACUUCGAUUUUUCUGAUGAUCAAAUGCAUGACUUUAUUCAAAUGGGCAAACGACCUCCACUAACUGAUGAACUGGAGGCAUUACUAUUGCUGGAUGAGUUUGCAAUAUCUCAAGAGUUGGACAGACCAAAAUCUGAAAUCGAAUCACUUAGAUUCCUUAUUAAUGUGUUCCAUCGUUGUACUGUAGAAAAUCCUACUGAUCGUCCAAAGGCUGAAGAACUCUAUGAAAUGUUUCAUGCACAUGCAAGUAACUGGAGAAGUUUUGAAGAGGUUUAGGUUGAUUAUUAGGUGCUUACCAGUUACCAUGCUUGUAAACCAUUCUUUUUUAUUAAAAGAAAAAAAAAUUCAAUGAAUCGUUUCUGUUUUACUAGAUGAUGCUUCACUGCAAUACCUUUGUAUGGAAUUUGUUGUACAUGCAGAAUUGUUAAAAAGUGUAAAUGCUCAGAAUUCUGUGUAAGUUGGGCUAA